AUGACGAUCACUCUAGAUGACGUCUCAGCUCUAUUGCACAUCCCUGUGGAGGGGUCCCUUUUCUCAUUGGGCAGGCCGACUAAGGAAGAGGCUACCCCUGUGGUUGUUGAUUUGUUGGGGGUGACAACUCAGGAGGUGGAGGAUGAGUUUCGGAGGUGUAGAGGUCCUAGUCUUCAUUAUGCUUGGCUUCUAGAGCUUGUGAAGGACCGUGUGAAGAAAGGGAAAUGGACAGAAGCAGCCCGAGCUUACCUGUUACGCUUGGUUGGCAUGACUCUCUUUUGUGAUAAGAGUAACACGUCUGUCAGUGUUGCCUAUCUUGAGCUUUUUAGGGAUAUUAGCUUGGCUGGUCAGUAUGCAUGGGGUGCGGCGGCGUUGGCAUAUUUGUAUGGUCAGUUAGGGGAUGCCUGCAAAAAGUCAGGGAGGUCAGUUGCGGGGUAUUUGACUUUGCUGCAAAUUCAUCAAGUGUUGAAUCUCUGA